CCAUUACAAAAAUCCCAAUGUUUAAUCAUGGAGACAAAUUUACACCAAACUGAUGAGCCGUUGCCAAAAGUCCCAUGGUUGGCUGUUGAGAAAACGGAUUCAUCCACAGCAAAGGUGACGAUUGAGCAUAUGCAUCCACCCGGUGAACCGACUGACUCAUGGACUUUAACAGACAAGGGGAUAUCCCCAGAAGCUGAAGGGAAGACCAGGAAACGAAAGCGCAGGGAUCCAGAAAGUUUGGAUACAUCUGAGAAAGAGUGUGACGAGCCAUUGCGAAAAUCUCGAUGUUUAGUCGCGGGGACAAAUGACAAAUUUCCACAAGCUGAAGAGCUGGAUUCUCUUGAAAAUUUCGCGAGAGUUAAAGGAGAAAAUGCCACAAAUCCAGAAGCUCUGGAGUAUGCUCAUUUGUGCAUCAGAAAUGCUUAUCACGCACUCCUUGGUGCCGGGAUCCUGGAACAUCGAGCAGCCCUGAUGGCCCCAGAAAAUUUAACCAUCGAACCCCAGGCUGAAAUACGGGCACAGGUCAAACCCUACAAACGGAAAAGACGACGAAGAAGGAACUAAGAGUGGAAACACCUGGACAGGAUGCUCCACCAAUCAUGAUCAAUUUUCAGCCUCACGCCACUUAAUGACCGGCUAAAAAAAAACAAAAUAACAAAAAAAUGCCGAAAACAAAUGAUUCGCAAAAAAAGUCAACGACCAAUCCUGAAAUUAUAGAAAAACAUUAUCACAGACUGCUUUCUUAAGUUAGCACUAAACAAAUGAUAAAGCCGAAACUUUUUUUGUUGAUUGAGAGGAAAACUAAAUAACAAAAAAAAAAAAAAAAUCAACAAGCAAUGCCAAGUUUGUUUUUAUUCUUAAAGUAGAAACAAACAUCUAAUCCGAACAUCUUUAAGUAGCGAUUUAAAAAAGAAAUAUGUAAAACUCCUCCACAUCAUCUGACUUCAAACCAUGUUCAAUGUAUUUGUCGGUUUCCUUUAGAUGAAUGGAGUCCAAAAAAUAUUCAAAAGAAUAAAACAAGGUCAUCCAAGUGGCAAUAAUAAUUAUUCUGAAACUGAUGAAAUGUGAAUCCUAUUAUUAAACUGUGUUUAUCUUUCAAA